CCGAAACCCUCGCCUCUCGCCUCUCGCCUCUCGCCAAACUCGCGAUACAGUUGGAGAAUGAUGCUGAGGACUGGAGUCAAGCGACUUAUAGGGUUAGGUGUUUUCCGCUCCCCGCCGGCGACGCCUGCGAUAGCGGCGGUGCGGAAUUAUCACGAGAGGGUGGUGGAUCAUUACAACAACCCUAGGAACGUUGGAUCUUUUGACAAGAACGAUCCUACUGUGGGAACGGGGCUGGUCGGGGCCCCGGCGUGCGGCGACGUCAUGAAGCUCCAGAUCAAGGUCGACGAGAACACAGGAAAAAUCGUCGAUGCCUGUUUCAAAACCUUUGGAUGCGGUUCCGCCAUCGCUUCUUCAUCUGUUGCUACUGAAUGGGUGAAGGGGAAGCAAAUGGAAGAAGUUGUCUCCAUCAAGAAUACAGAAAUUGCAAAACAUCUCUCACUACCCCCAGUGAAGCUUCACUGCAGCAUGCUUGCAGAGGAUGCAAUAAAGGCUGCUGUCAAAGAUUAUGAGAAGAAGAAAAGCAAGUUGGGACAGAACAAGGAGUCUGCUUUAGAAGCAGGAGAGGAAACCGCCAAUGCCUAGAACUCUGACCUGUAAAUCCCUUCUCCUUUUUGCACUUUACUCCUGAACAUAAAUAAAUAUUUGCUUUGUUGCACAUGUGGCCAGGAAUUGGCGCAGCUGGAUGAAAAUUAUGACCAUAUGAUCUGGUAGUUAUGUUUUUAUCAGUGUACUGAACGGUAAAUAAUAGGUUUAUGUGACGUUUUUCUGUAAGUUUGCUGAUGAAAUAUUUAUGACAUAGUUAUGUAAGACCUCUUGAA